AUGAUCCCUCCAGGAGACUGCAUGUACGCGGGCAGAAAAAGGAGGAAACCCAUCCAGAAACAGAAGCCGUCUUCAGCCAACGAGAAAAGCAACCCGUCCAAGCGGCACCGGGACCGGCUGAACGCGGAGCUGGACCGGCUGGCCAGCCUGCUGCCGUUCCCGCCGGACGUCAUCUCCAAACUGGACAAGCUGUCUGUGCUGCGCCUCGCCGUCUCCUACCUCCGCGUCAAGAGCUUCUUCCAAGCGAGUCAAGACAAGACGUCCAGGAAGCACAUCACCAGCCCGGCAUCCUCUAACCCUGAAACCAGGAAGGAGAGCUCUCCACUGGGCGCCGCCAUCAACGAAAGCAGCCUCCUCCUGGACUCUCUGACAGGCUUUGCCCUGGUGGUGAGCAGUGAUGGGAUGGUUUUCUACGCCUCCACCACCAUUGUGGAUUAUCUGGGAUUUCAUCAGACUGAUGUCAUGCACCAAAACGUCUUUGACUACAUCCACAUAGACGACCGGCAGGAGUUCAGACGCCAGCUCCACUGGGCCAUGUGUCCUCCACAACACCAGGGGGGGUCUGGACCACAGGAGAACCAGCCAACUGCAGGAACUGGUGAGGACUUUGUGGUGAGCAGCAUGUUUAACUCACCAGAGGCAGGAGAAGUUUCUCCUGAGAUCUCCUGCUUUCUCAACAGAUGUUUUAUCACCAGAGUUCGAUGUCUCUUGGACAGCACCUCUGGAUUUUUGACCAUGCAGUUCCAAGGUCGACUAAAGUCCCUCCAAGGGCAGAAGAAGAAGUCCUCCUCAGGGACAUCAGUACCCCCACAGCUUGCUCUUUUCUGCAUCGCUAUACCUGUCCUAAUGCCCUCCAUCACUGACAUGAAAGUGAAAAAUAUUUUAAUGCGAGGAAAAAACAAAGGAGAGAUUAUUUCUCCAAUGGAUCAUGGUGAGCAUGGAGAACACCUCAGGAGGCACUCCAUCACUGAAGGAAUGGGUGACAUCACAGAUCCCCUUUUUUCUUGUCCCCAUCCGAGUGCUUCACAGCGAGGGCACCACACUCCCUGGACUCCUCUCUGCAAAGACAACCUCAAGUACCGUCCUGACGGCUACUAUAACCAGGAGGAGCCCCUCAACUACUGCAAGUCCUCUAUGGCUGUUCAUAAAGGAGUCGGGCCUGGCAUGGCAGGCGGGUGGCCUUCGAAGCACCACUCAGGUCUUGUCAAAGCGUCUCAGGGCGUUGGCUACAUCCCCUCAAACCGUUUGAAUAGGACUGGCCAGUAUGGGAAGCCUUACCGGCAUUCUCCGAGCUGUCACAACGGCAGAGGGAGCGAGGUGUUCGUCUCCAAGCUAUAUGGAAACACCCAGAUUCUGACAGACCCUGAUUUUUUCUGCGUGGACCUGGUGAAGUGCGAGAACGACUAUGGAGAAUGCUACGACGGUCAUCUGAUGCCUGAAAUGCAACCCAUCAAGGUGGAGCACGACUCUGAUUCUGAGAACGGAUGUGACGCGUAUGGGCAAACCUGGGCCGUCAACCGUCGCUACGGAAACGGGAUGUAUGACUCGAGCUCUGGCUUGCAACUCAAAUCAGAGGCAGAAUAUUAUGAAGCACAGUACUCACCCUGUCAACGAGGAAAAGCAGAAAUCAGCCCGACAUACAGCAAUAACAACUACCCAAACUAUGCAGUCAACAAUGGCGGGGGCAACACCGCACACCUGCCAAAGUGUGACAAAGACUUGGUUGGCAACGGUGACUCAAACCAGUUCAGCCCUCAAAAACUUUCCCACUCAGAUUCUCUAUGCAACAAUCAAUCCAUCAACCUCAUGGACUCUAACGUCUACUCGCACAAGGCCUACAUGCACCCGGAUUGCAACAAGCAUUACGAGUUUAAAGGUCACGGCUUGGUCCAUUCAAUAAAAAGGGAGCCCAUGGACUCCCCAACUUGGUCCGAGAAUGGUCACGACAUAAACCAGUCCAUGAUGGCCGGCCCGAGAAACAUUAUGCAAUGUGCGAUGAGCACGGGCCACCACAAGUCCAGCCCUUACAUUUAUAUGCAGUGA